UAAAAUGCAAGUUGUGCGUCUUUUGUUAUUCCUUCUCUUGAGAAGGAAUAUUAUAGUUCAAUAAGUCACACUUGACUGAGCUACUGAUACCGAAAGCUGUUGUCAUUACAAGCUGGCCAAUAAAACUCCGUGACCUUAGAAAUAACCUCUGACGUUAGACUAUUCUUUCCUAAUUGAGGCGACUCUCAGACUGAACGCGUUCCGUGGAUUACAUAUUACUAAACCCGAGGAUGUUAUUUCCUCCAUUCUUGAGGAACAUAACAUACAUUCAGUCGACCAGAUAGACAUAUAUCAGCAAAUUUAAAUGUAAACAACUAAAUAUUAUCGUUACCUUGAAAUGCAUAGUUAAUAUAUGAAAACAAACCCCAUUGCGACCCUCUAAUUAUGCGCAACAAAUUCACGCAUCGAAUCGUAAAUGAUUAACCGGGUCAAUGUCUUAUUGCUGUAUUUACUCUACUGAAAGUGGUAACAGAUUUAAUUUGUUGUUGGAUUUAACAAUUUAUGUUAAAUAACUAGCGCAAAUACUUACUUGAAAUUUUUGGCAGUAUAAAACAGACAUUGCAACCAAAAUUUUACAAGAUGAUAUCAUUUUACAUUUAUAUAGAUAUGCCCUAGAAGGAACUUUUGCUAUGCUUUAACUUGUACAAAUUAUUUACUUCCGUUUUCUGUUCUAUGAAAUUGUAAUAAAGUUGUCACGGGACACCUUAUUAAGAACGCCGCCUGUCGAUCAUGAGGAAGUUAUGAAAUUAGGCAAUAAUGAUGAUUUGUUCAUAGGAUGAUUUGUUUGCCGGGAAAUUAUUAAGAGGAUAUGCUGACAGCAUGACUCAUCAACAGCGGUUAGAAAAUCCAUUGUAUACGAACUGGGUGAGAGGAGCACUGGGUCUAGGAUACCUAAAGGAAGGUUUGUGUGACUUUGUUGAUACAAAAACAAAGGAACAGCAUCAAGAGUUGAUAGCAAAUGUAAACAGAAGUCAACCUUCUUUUAGCCAAUUUACAAGAGUGUGUGAUCAUUGUACGCUGGAUAAUCUGCUUCCCGACCAUGCCAGUUUAGGAAAGAAAUGCAUCCAAAUGAUAAAAUCGAAAUGUUUUUGCAACUCGAGACAAGGCAGACGAAAAUGUCCGAACGGCAUUUGUAGCCGAAUGUACGAUCUUAUAGUAGACGGACAUUUCUACAGAGACCCGUUGUGGAAGAAUACGAACCCCGAGCUUUGGUGCACUGAUCAUUGGAGCAUAGCAAAAUGUUUCCUCACUAAUCCAAGCCAAACAACUUUGGCUAAGGACACGGACGCCUCCGGGCUUCUUGGAAUUAUUACCAACAAUCUGUUUUUGCAGAAGGAAUUAGCUACCACGAUUUGUUCAAAUGAUCCGGCUUUAAAAGAUUCUUUUACAAAAGCAAGGGAAGCCAGAAACGAAAUACUUCACAGCCCUACUCUUGAACUACAAGAUUUUCAAAUGAAUGCAUAUAUCAAUACGUUUAUAGAUGUUCUGUCGGACAAGAAGUAUCUUGUACAUGAUGCUGCAGCCCAAAAUGCCAUCAGAAACCUUUCACAGCUAAAGAGCAGCCAGAUAUACAUCAACUUGAAAAACGAAUUACAGAUACGAAAGGACGCACUGCAAGCUUUAGAGGAGAAAAAGUCAGAAGCUUUGAACGAGAUAGAUUCAGCACAGACUGAAGCUUUACGUAUACUCCAGGCCCAGUGUAAUGUAAGAAAAGAAACUGAAGCGGACACAAGAGCAUCAAUAGCGGAAAGUAAUGAAAAACACACUCAGAUAACAUCACAACUUAGAAAAAUAGAGGCUACUCAGAGAAUUAAAGGAAAGGAACUGCAUCAAAUGGAUAAAAGAUUGAAAAGGUCUGAGGCUUUACAGUUAGAGUUGGAAGAAAAGGUUGAUUUGAAUCAAGAAAAUAUACAGAAACAGAUUGAAACAGUAAAAACCCGCCAAAAUGCUCAGGAGCAGGUUCUAAGUCAACUAGCCGUACAAAUGAAGGCACUGCAGCAGAAAAUAAACGACAUGAAGACUUCUAACACAGAUUUGCACAUUUUGAAAGACAAACACAAACAAAAUAUAGAAACUCUAACAAGGCAAGCAGAUUUGCAGACAGAACUUAUAACACUGUAUCAACAAUAUUAUCUAAAGACAGAUGUAUCACCGCUUCUACCAGAAGAGGAUGUUGAUGUGGAUGAAGUUUUUGUGCCUUUAAAGAUGGAAAGAUUGUACAAACCCGAUCAGAAAGAUUUACGUAGAGGCGACCCAGUUUACUUUUUCAAAGAUAUAUUUUUCCAUGGCGAAACAAGAUUUAGAAAUAUAUUCCUUACUGCAGAUGCUGGUGUUGGAAAAACGACAUUUUGUAGAAAACUUACAUCAACUUGGUGUAAAGUACACUCGCGUACAAAACCUACAGGAAACUUGCUCAACGUCAGUACACAAAGGUCAAAAUUCAGAACGAAAGAAAACAUAGAAUCAAGAAAUAAAGACACGAUGAUUAAAUUUACGUAUCUUUUUUACGUAAGUUUAAGACACACAAAUGAAGAAAAGACUAUUGAAGAAAUGAUACGUGUUCAGCUACUCACAGAAAGAAACAGGGACUUGUUAAUCACGAUUUUAGAGGAGCAGCCUGAUAGUUGUCUGGUUAUUUUAGAUGGCCUAGAUGAAUGGAAUGCUCCGCUUAAACUUCCAAAAUCGCCAUUUAUUACCAGUGGUCUACCAGAUAAAGAGGUUAAACGACCGUAUGUAACAUUGUACACCACAAGGCCUUGGAAACUUGAAAAUAUACGACCUAAAUCGGGAGAAGUCGAUAUUGAGAUUAAAUUGAUGGGAAUUGAUGCAGUAGAAGCUGGUAAAUUAGCAAACACUGUUGUAGAAAAGCUAAAUAAGAGUACUUAUACGUCUGUGAAUGUUGAAGAUUUCAUUCAGGCUUUGGAAUUAAAGGAACUAAAAACCUUUGAGUCAACCCCUAUCCUUCUCAAACUGUUGGCAUGUCUUUGGCACGAGGAACAGAGUCUUGGUGCCUCUUUAUGUGGCAUAUAUUGUUCUGUACUGGAGCUGCUUCUACGUGUCGCAAUCGAACGCAAUUCAAAUGAUGAUCUUUUUAUGAAAACAUUGAACAAGCUUCAAACAGCCCAAGAACAAAGUCUUCCCACUCUGACAUUUUUCCAAAACAAAAGCAUUUGCAAAACUCUUAUAGAAUUUUUGAAAUUACUUGCUAAGUGUGCCUUUAAGGCAUUGUUUGAAAGCACACAAAAGGCUGCUCUUGUAUUUGAAGGCACUGAUUUAUCUACGUUUGGAAUAUCUCAAGAGGAAAUGCAGUUUUGUCUUAAAACAGGAAUUAUGUCUCAGCGUUUACUACCCGGAAUAUCCGUCAUCAACAGGUGUAGAUCUGUCACAUUUAUUCACAAGACCUUUCAAGAAUUCUUUGCUGCUCUAUACGUGGUUACCUCGAAUGACGAGCUGGCUCUUGAUACAGUUUUGCGAGUUUGUAAUAGUGUAGAAAAAGUUUUAGAAAUGGGAAAAGUUAUUCAGUUCAUCGGUGGAAUGUGUCCAUCAAUUUUAUACAACAUUUCUGAGCACAUAGCCAAACUGACAGAUGAAGACGCACGUUUCAAAGCGUAUAGAUCUGUUGAUUCUUCAAUGAUUUAUAUUGUUAUGAUACAGGAUUUACUAUUCUCAAGCAUAAAAGAAUCAUUAGACUGUGGACAUACUGAAUUACCUCAGUUCAAAUUAAGGGAUGUUCAUCUUUGGAACGAAGAUACAAAUGAAUGCGUGUUGUAUGUAGACCCUUGUUACAUAAAAUCACUGAGCAGCAAUUCUUGCAUAACGACAGACAUGAAAACGCACAUUUCCGAAACACAAUCGUUAAAGCUUAUAUUCUUUAGUGGUCUUUUUGGAGAAUUUCCGAAAAAGGAAUUCUUUGAUAUAGUAGAAAAGUCAUGCGAGACGUUAGUUUGCCUUGUUAUUAAAACGGCAAAUAUUGAAAGACAAGGAAAGUUCAACUUCCCGAAACUACACACACUGACAAAGAUUGUGUUAAGUGAUGUUACGUUAGACCAUUCAACAAUGAUUUGCCUUUUGUCUGGGUCUCCCCAUUUGCAUGAAUGUUUCGCGAUGUGUGUGUACUGUUUCAAGGAUGAAAAUUGCCAGUGCAAUAGUACUUCAACAAAAGAAGAGCCAAUUGUUAAUUUAGUUAGUACAAAUGUUCAUCGUUUCGAAUGCAGAUUUGGUUGUAAUCUUUUUCGCCAUGUUCGCAAGGCUGAAAAUCUUUCAGAAAUCUGUGUAGCUAACCUUAAGGACCCAGAAACAAUGACUGACAUAGCUAGAAUCAUCCAGACAAGCAAGGCAUUAAAAACCUUACAGAUUCAUGGCAUUACAUCUGAAAUUAUGGCAUUACCGCUUCCAAGUGAGCCGAACACAUUGCGCUCCAUUCAGUUAAGUGAAAUAAGCGUACGUAUGAUAGCUGUGUUGAACAUUAUAGAAGCUGCUCAGAAAACAGACGAUUCCUUUGUCAUGAAGUUUGAUAAUGUAACGCUAACAACGGGUCGAAUUGAUGAGAUGAAAGAGGUUGUAGGACGCUCGAAAACUUUUCAGAUUGAUUCAUUUCGAAAACGCUAUAAAAUAAAGGGUAAUUUUAAACGACCCAAAUACAAGAAUUCACCAGGCUCAGAAGCAGUGUUUUCAAUGGUUUUGUCGAAAGCUAACAGAAACAAGUAGACAGUAGUGGAAAAAAGAAAGACAAUAAAAAAACCAAACAAAGUUUCAAAGCAGCGGUUUACUGCUAAGCAAGAUACCGCAAAUACAGUUUUUAUAUUGUGUGAUCUAACUCGGCCAGUGGAUCUUCAAGUGCAACAAUUUUAAAAUCUAAUAAAAUCUUAUAAUAAAAUUUGUAAAAAGAUCCUGUGGCAGCAAAGAAUGCAACCAAGGUGAAUAAUAGCAGACUCGGUUUGAUUGAGUCUGUUCAUGAGUGCAACACCUGUCACGCCCGCUAGCACCGGCUUAAGCAGAACUCAAUUACACACGUGUUGAAUGGACUCCAUGAUCCCAAAGGACCAGAAAAUAUAACAACACUAAGUCUUCUUGUUAAACCGUUUUCAGCUUCCAAGAUAUUUUGGGGAUCAGUGCUUUGUCGUCUGCUUUUAUUUCUUAUUAGUUGAAAAUUGAUUUUUUUGAAUGUAAUGGCUUUGGCAAUAUCGUAUAAGAAACCAUCGACUCUGUUAGAGAAUUGACAUUAUGACCUAUGGAUUUCAGAUCUCGCAUAGUUUUGAGUUUUCUUGGUAGACUUUGAAACAUUUGAAUUGUCACCAUUUAUCGAAAUUGCUAUAUGUUCAGCUAAUUAACAAGCAACAGUGUUUCUAUAAAUAAAUUAAAAAGGAUCUUCUCUGUAGUUGAUUUGAUUACUAGCAAAAUAUACCCAGGCCCAGUUCGAAAAGUGGAGCAUUGUCAAGGGAUCCGAUCAAUACAUAGCAGAUGACAGUUGGAAGCGGAUACGGUGUUUUAAGGGCAUAUCAAAUAAAGAUACACCCUGUUUAUAGCAAGUCUGCAAAUAGUGACGACACAUCGUUGGAGCUGUGAUUUAUGUCGGCUUCACCAUCAAUGUUACUGCCUCAGCACACAGACAUAUUUUAGGGCGACCAGAGAGAACCACAUCACGCGUAUUCUUUUAAAAUAUUAAUAAUCCGCAACAGUGAGGUUUUCAAUAAUUAAUAAUUAACUGAAAAUUGUUCAUUUAAUUUUGUCAGUGAGACAUAAUAGAUAAUAGUUAUGUAGUACUAGUUAUAAGACGUUUUGCUCAAAUCAUAGCUUACUUAUUUUACAUGUAGUAACAUUUAAUAUCAUGUAUUUAUAGUCAUUUAAAAAGACUUUAGUAAUCGCCAAAGUUUAAAUGUUAGAUCAGGCAUUUGUUAUUCAAAGACAUUUUAGCGAUCUGCAGGAUUGGAAGCAACUAAAUAUAAUAUUCGUUACUUUAUUACAGCUGGCAUCAGAUGUCCUCAGAUAAAGCAUAUGAGGUCAGAAACUGUCAUUUUUGUUAAUUUCAUACAUUUUUUACGUUUCGUGUCGCCAGAGUUUUUGUGAUAUUAGAGUCGAAUCAUAAAUUACAAACCAGAUAUUUUAAACGUAUGAUGUAUUAUCAUAUUGGUGUCGAAUAGCAUUUUGCUUUUUUUUUCCGAGAAAAAAUAUUCUUGUCUCGUGCUAUUAAAAGCAAAGUCAUAACUUCACAUAUAGACUGGCUCUUCACACACCUCCAUUUCGUCUCGUGGUUACGCGCAACACCAGCAACGAACGUCGCGCAACCCAUUUUAAGCGUAAUCCCAGCGGGAUUUGAAUUGCGCGUUUACUACCCGUGACAGAACAUUUAAUUUGCGAAUCACCCCAAAAAGCCAUACACUUCAUAUUUCAGAUUCAAUUGUAGCUUUAUUGUACGAUAUCGACCGUUAAAUUGUUCAAAUGUAUGUUGAAAAAAUGUGUAUGGUUUUGUUUUAUCCUUCCAAUACUCUUUUGUUUAAGUUAUUAGUUGCAUUUGUAAAUACUGCUGCGAUAAGCAUUUUAGUCUACUCGGUCACGUUUAAUUAGUAUGAAGAUAAUUAGGGAAUUAUCUGUUUGUUGCAUGAGCAAUUGUUCUAAAACUAGUAUGAUAUUUGCUGUAUUAUUAAGGAGGAUUUAAAUCUCACUAACCCUCAGGUUUAUUAUUGUUUUAUUUGAAUGAAAAAAAAAAAUGUAUGUUUAUAUAUGUGCUAUUACCAACAUCAAAUAAAGUGGAAGUAUAAAUAGU